UUGAAUUAUAAUGUUUAAUGUUUUGUUGCAGGUUCUGUUUCAUUCAACUGAAGGAUGACAGUAAUGUGGAUGAAGUCAUAAGCGAACUAAACAAAAUAAAAUUCGGCAACGGUCAUGUGGUUGCUGAGCGAAAGGUCAUCAAGAAUGAAGAAAUAGUCACACCGGAAGCUAUCGACCCAUACACGUUAUAUGUCGGAAAUCUACCAUCAACACUGACCAGUGAGGUUUUCAAAGAUCUCUUCCCGAACGCUCACAGAAUCGAUAUCGGCUAUGCCAGGAUACUGAAAUUCACCCGGUAUGCCUAUAUAAAGUACACGAACGUUGACCAAGCAAUUGAAGCUUAUAAAAAAGCCUUCGACAUGACGAUAGGAUCGAGGUCCAUUACUCUCAGGUUUAGAAGGCACAAAGGAACUGUUGGUCCACCGGGUGAGAAGCCCAAAGUAUCGAGAUUCGAUCAGGGUGGUAAAAAGAAAAAGAAGAUGGGGUCUGAGGGCGGGGGUGGAAACCAGCAGAACGGGCAGGUGGCGCGCAACUGGAACCGCGAGGACGCCGAGAAGGCGUUGGCCGUCGAACUGGAGUACCAGAAGACGCAGGCAGACAAGUCGCUCAUCCUCAGCUUCCCCGAUCCCGACCUAUCGCGCGACAUCGUGCUCAAGUACAAUGUCGCCAUCGAAUCGGUCUACUUUCAAUCGCCCAGUAGUCCUAGGUUCUGUUUCAUUCAACUGAAGGAUGACAGUAAUGUGGAUGAAGUCAUAAGCGAACUAAACAAAAUAAAAUUCGGCAACGGUCAUGUGGUUGCUGAGCGAAAGGUCAUCAAGAAUGAAGAAAUAGUCACACCGGAAGCUAUCGACCCAUACACGUUAUAUGUCGGAAAUCUACCAUCAACACUGACCAGUGAGGUUUUCAAAGAUCUCUUCCCGAACGCUCACAGAAUCGAUAUCGGCUAUGCCAGGAUACUGAAAUUCACCGGUAAGUAUGCCUAUAUAAAGUACACGAACGUUGACCAAGCAAUUGAAGCUUAUAAAAAAGCCUUCGACAUGACGAUAGGAUCGAGGUCCAUUACUCUCAGGUUUAGAAGGCACAAAGGAACUGUUGGUCCACCGGGUGAGAAGCCCAAAGUAUCGAGAUUCGAUCAGGGUGGUAAAAAGAAAAAGAAGAUGGGGUCUGAGGGCGGGGGUGGAAACCAGCAGAACGGGCAGGUGGCGCGCAACUGGAACCGCGAGGACGCCGAGAAGGCGUUGGCCGUCGAACUGGAGUACCAGAAGACGCAGGCAGACAAGUCGCUCAUCCUCAGCUUCCCCGAUCCCGACCUAUCGCGCGACAUCGUGCUCAAGUACAAUGUCGCCAUCGAAUCGGUCUACUUUCAAUCGCCCAGUAGUCCUAGCCAGAGCACAGCCUCCUCAUCCGCCAGGUGCAAUCUAGGCAAGCCUCCAGGAAAAUGA